AUGGUGGAGAGGUCAAAUAAGGUUGUCAAAGAGGCAUUAGCAACUCUAACUGAGCGACAUCCAUUAGAGUGGCAUCAGUAUGUCCCUCAGGUUCGAUUAGCAUUGAACAGUGCUUUCCAUCGCUCGGUAGGUGAUCAGCCACUUUAUCUUCUCAUGGGUCAUCACGGUCAUUUCCCUGUAGGUCUCUCUAAUGACGUAACAUUUGCAACAGAUGCUGCAAAGGAGUUUCAUGAUUCUUUGCAGGAAGCGCGUUACAUUGCAAUCGAAACGUCGCGUCGGGCUCGGGAAACAUGGGCUAGAAAUUACAAUAAACGAGGUAGAAAAGCUCCUGAAAUGGUUGUGGGUUCACUGAUACUUUUCAGAAAUUUUCGCAGGCUUACUGGUCCUCGUAGAACUUUAGGUUCCCGCUGGGAUGGGCCAGCUCGCAUAAUGAAGCGUGUUGGGCCUGUAACUUACAUCACUCAGGAUGUAGAACCACCUUACAAAGAACGUAGAUUACAUGUUAAUCAGAUAAAACCUUUCAGGACACUUGAUGAACUAGCGUUCGUGAGUCCACCCGACCCACAGUCUGACCCAUCUGUUGACUGUCAGCAGCUAAAUCAUGAGGAGGAUGCUGAUAUAGAUCCUCGGGAAGUACUGCUUCUAUCCUCUGUACGCCCUUGCUGA